GGAAAAUACACCGCCAUUUUAUUUAAACGAUCAAAAUGGCGAGGAACACUCUGGAAUAUGUGUCACACUCUUGCAAACUUGCGUUCUCAAUGAUUUUAUGUGCACAUAUGUCGGCUAGCAAGUAUUUGUUUCAAGUACACACAACAGAAUCAUGUCCAAAAAACCGUAAAGAAAUGGAUGAAAGGUCACUUGCUCUCAAUUGUACCGAGAGCAAUGGCUACACCUGUCUCCCGAACAAAAACAUUACGAUGUUAUUGGAGUUUUGUUACAAACGGGCUCGAAUACCAGUAACGAAAGGAGUUUGUUUAUUUUUACGAUAUUCUGACGUCGAUGCCUUUGAUUGCCAACAUUUUCCUUCUGGUUGUCCUGAUGCUGAUUACUUCACUGAUGAAAUUUAUAAAU